AUGAGAAAUGUUGUUCACAUAGAUGAGAAAUGGUUCUAUAUGACACAAAAAAGAGUCAGAGCAUAUCUACAUCCAAAGGAAAAAACACCAUGGAGGAAGAUAAAAAACAAAAACUUCAUCCCAAAAGCCAUGUUCAUGGCUGCAGUAGCAAGACCAAGGUGGAACCAAGAUGGUUCUUGUGCAUUUGACGGGAAGAUUGGCAUAUGGCCUUUCACAAAACAAGUUCCAGCACAAAGAUCAUCAGAUAACAGGCCUAGGGGAACUCUAGAAACAAAGCCCAUUGAUGCAAUAACAAAAGAUGUUAUUAGAGACAUGUUGGUAAACAAAAUCAUGCCUGCCAUCAGGGAGAAAUGGCCAAAUGACCUUAGCAAGGUCAUAUACAUACAACAAGAUAAUGCACCAUGUCACAUAAACAAUGAUGAUCCAGUAUUUCAACAACACAAACUACUACAUGGAUUUGAUUUUAGGUUGAUACAACAACCACCAAACAGCCCAGACAUGAAUAUUUUGGAUUUAGGUUACUUUAGAGUACUUCAAACAUUGCAAUACAGAAAAUCACCAAGGAAAACUGACCAACUAGUUGCUGCUGUUAAUGAAUCAUGGGAAGAACUACAUCCAAAGACUCUAAGUAAUGUAUGGAUGUCACUUCAAUUCUAUCUAAAUGAAGUUAUAAAAGUUUGUGGAAAUAAUGAAUAUGAUGAAUCCCAUGCAAAGAAGUCACAACUUGAAGAUUUAGGCUCGCUGCCAGAAGAAGUUGGACCAGCUGUUGAAGAUGUUCACAAGGCAGUUCAAUUUAUUGCAGAACAUAUGAAUGGCAAUUGA